AUGUCGUACAACGGAUACAAUCAGCCACCUCCAUACACACAACAGCCGGGAUAUCCACCACCAGGAUCAGCGGGAUACGUUCCACAAGGCGGAUAUUAUCCACAACAACAACCUGGUUAUGCUCCGUAUCCUCCACAACAGCCGCAAGUGGUAGUUGUUGAAGAACGUCGACGUGGUGGUGGAAGCGACAACUGCUGUCUCGUUGCUUUGAUGGCGUGUUGUGCGGGUUGUUGUCUUGCCGAUUGCUGCGAUUGUUGCUGUUAA